AUAUGAAAAAAAUUUAAUUAAAGAAGAAAUUCUUAGGAGUUUCCGCUUAGUCCGCAAUUAACACCCCGCUACACAUGCGUGGAAGUGGCAUAACAUUGGACCUGGUCCUAGUCCUGGCUCCUUCUAUAAAGGGUGGCGGUUCCCGAAAGGGCCAUCGUGUGGUAUGUGCCACUUCUUUUGUUCCCCGACUCGAUGGGGCAGGGCAUUGUUUGUGGGGAUGCAAUGGAAAAGGAAAUGGUGGCAGGACAUGUCACAAUUUGGUUUUGCGCUUUGAUGCGUUGCAAGGAAUUCCAAAUUGCAGCGGGCGCCCCCGUUUGGGUGCCAUUUGGAUCCGAUGGUUGCGGAGAGCUUGUUAUAAACCAGCCCCAAGGCAAGGCAGAGCAGGAUCAGGAAUUACAUACAGAGGAGCAUACACAGGAGCAGCCACAGGAGACAGGACACGGAUGCGGAAGUCGUCGCAAUCAAUUACGGGCCGGCCGCAAUCGAGGCAGCUUAAUUAUUCAAUACGUUGGUUGGCUUAAACGGGCAGGCGAACAAAACAAGCGAAAAAAGGGAUGCCGGAGGCGGGCGCAUUGAACUUUGAUUUGGGCCAGUC